UGGGGUCGCAAGCUGUAUCCGUCGUCGGUGUCCCGCGGUGCCGGUGGUAUGAUGUUCGGACUACCGCCGACCGGUGCCGACAUGAAUCAGCCCCGCGGACCGAUGACUUCGCUAAAGGAGGAACCGCUAGGAGCACGAGCCUGGAUGCAACCUGCAGUCGAUCAGGCAAACGUGGGCAUCGGAAGGGCCCACUUUGAGAAGCAACCGCCGAGCAACCUGCGAAAGUCUAACUUCUUCCACUUCGUUGUGGCGUUGCACGACCGGGCCGGACAGCCCAUCGAGAUUGAGCGGACAGCGUUUAUCGGUUUCAUCGAAAAGGAUCAGGAAUCUGAUGGCCAAAAGACUAACAACGGUAUUCAGUAUCGGUUACAGCUGUUAUAUAUCAACGGUGCUCGACAGGAACAGGACAUCUUUGUGCGGCUCAUCGAUUCGGUAACGAAACAGGCCAUUGUCUACGAAGGGCAGGACAAAAAUCCAGAAAUGUGCAGGGUGCUACUGACUCACGAAGUGAUGUGCAGCCGUUGCUGCGACAAGAAGAGCUGUGGAAAUCGCAACGAAACACCAUCAGAUCCUGUGAUUAUAGACCGAUUUUUCCUCAAAUUUUUCCUCAAGUGCAACCAGAACUGUUUGAAAAAUGCAGGCAAUCCGCGAGACAUGCGACGAUUUCAAGUAGUGAUAGCGACCCAGGUCGCCGUGGACGGACCGCUGCUAGCGAUCUCCGACAACAUGUUCGUGCACAACAACAGCAAACACGGGCGCCGGGCGAAACGGCUCGACCCCGAAGGUACGGGAAGUUCUCCGUUGGCAAUUUCGGGCCAUCCGCUGGCCCCGGACAGUACGUACGACGGCAUCUAUCCACCGCUGCCAAUGGCAACCCCCUGCAUCAAAGCGAUAUCACCCAGUGAAGGAUGGACGACCGGCGGAGCGCAGGUAAUCAUCGUGGGCGAUAACUUCUUCGACGGGCUACAGGUGGUUUUCGGCACGAUGCUCGUGUGGAGUGAGUUGAUAACCUCGCACGCCAUUCGAGUACAAACUCCUCCGCGACACAUACCGGGCGUGGUAGAAGUUACGCUGUCUUACAAGAGCAAGCAGUUCUGUAAGGGAUCACCGGGCCGGUUUGUCUAUGUCUCGUUGAGCGAACCUACCAUCGACUACGGUUUCCAGCGAUUACAAAAACUAAUUCCUCGGCAUCCCGGGGAUCCAGACAAACUCCCCAAAGAGAUUAUCCUGAAACGGGCGGCAGACCUGGCAGAAGCUCUGUACUCAAUGCCACGUUCACCGAAUGGCUCCUCUGGGUUCAACUCGUACACUGGCCAGCUGGCGGUUAGUGUUCAAGAUGGCACCGGACAGUGGGCUGAAGCUGAUGAAUACACCCGAGCCCAAAGCAGCAGCGUUAGUCCCCGAGGAGGCUACUGCAGCAGUGCCUCCACACCGCAUUCUUCCGGAGGUGGCUCGUACGGAAGCAGUAACGGAUACGCCACUGCAUCCAACAUGAGCGGGCUUACCUCUUCCCCUGCUAGUGUCUUCAAUUCACCAUCGAGAAUCAACGGACUAAUGAGUGGUGGCAGUGGCUUUAGUCCGUAUUCGAUGAGCACCUGCGGGUCUCAGGGUUACACACCGAGCCCAUUGGCGGUGUCCACCACGACGUCCAAAUAG